AAUUCUCAUGUUUUACAAACUUUCUAAAAAAUGAAAUCUUUUAUUUAAAAAAUAAUUACUUUUUUAUUAAUUAUUUACAUUAAGUUUUUUAUUUUAUUAAUUGAAGGAUAUGGAGGGAUUCUUGAUACAUGUAAAAAAUAAUUAUCUUUUUAUAUGAAAGGAUAUGGAAAGUUACGGGGAAGACCAAAGAAAUCGAUAUUGAAAGUAAAACGGCUCGAGGUAUCAUUUCUCAAUACAACUUCACACCACUUUCUCUUCUCCCAAACCGAUUCAUCUCAUCUUCUCCACUCAAAACAUCAUCUUUUCCACUAAAUAAAACAUAAUCUUCUGAUUCUUUUCUUAUUUCUCUUCUUGAAGUUCAAUAUAUCGCGAAAUCUUCACCAAUCUGAACAGAAUUUGAAUCCUCUCUCCAUCUUCCUUUAUCACCUCUAUUUUGUUUUUGUUAGGUUUUCUUAAAGUUACGGUUUUGAUUUUAUGACUAGGGUUUUUUUGUUGAUUUGAUAAUUUUGUGGUUAGUUUUUCAAGACCAACGGAGCCACGAAACAGGGUUAGUUCGUCUUUCUCUUUUCCUUUUUUUGGGCGAAACGACCAGUUCAAGUGUUAUGAGCAGCAAAUUUGAAGUGGUCUGCAACGAGAUACUUCUAUGAGCAACAAAUCUAUUAUAUUGCAGAUUGAAAAUAAAUCUUAGCAAUGUAUUUUAAUAGCUUACAUGUAUUUUAUUUUGGAGUUUUGGAUGAACAAUGAGGUUAUUCUUUGUAAACAUGUGUGAGAAAUGUCCAGGAGUUGAAUAUGAAUAUGACUUUGAUUUUUACAUUGAUUUUGUACAGUUUCUUCGUGAUAUCAUAUUAAGCCAAACUGUUUAUUUUUAUAUUCAGGUUUUGGUCUUCAAUUAUUGUAUAACAAUGAAGCCCGGAAAAUUUGAGCUAAGAUACUCAAGAGAGUUGUUGAAGCAUAUGGAUAAGCAGAAUGAGGUCCUUAUGGAAGCUUACAGAUCAAUGUUUAAUGAAUUGCAAAAACUCCAGGUGGAAGAGGAAAUGUUUAUGCGUAAGCUUUAUGAAGUUAUGUCUGAAAUCAACGCAUCCCUUGAUAAUGUUGGAGUUAAACAAUUAAGUUGGAAGAUGGUGCAGCAACAAAUUAAGAAUAAUGAAGGUUGCAUAGAGAGAAUAUACAUGAAGGAUAAGUCCUUAGUCUUAGCCCUUAUUUUAAAUUAGUGGUUGGAAUAUGUAUUUAUAAUUAUUAAUGAGUUAUUAUUGUAUAAAUUGAAAGAUACAAUCUUUAGUUUAUUAUUGUAUAAAUUGAAGAUGUUGACACCAAAAUUUAUUAUAGUAAACUCAUAUUUUUAUGCAAAGA